AUGUUAUUGGAAGUUAAAGAGAAAGUUCCAGCACUAUACCCUUUUCUGUACCAAGCGUAUUCAUCGAAUUCCAAACUCUUUUUCAGUGAGUCGCCCAUAAUCUCUCAGGUGGGUGCUCAGCAGGGAGAUCCGCUUGGCCCCCUUAUCUUCAGCCUAGGUAUCCAGAAAGCAAUCUCAACACCUCGAUCUCCACUAAACGUCUGGUACCUAGAUGACGGCAUACUCGGGGGCAAGCCGGAAGAAGUACGUGAAGACCUACUGACGCUUCUUCCACUUCUAAAGGAACUGGGUCUUGAGGUAAACUCGAGUAAAUGUGAGUUUUACCCUUGCAGCUCAGACUCUCGGGAGAGUUUUCCUUCCUUCAGUGCCAUACUUCCCGGACUAAAAGAGCUGUCCACCCAAAACUUCAAGCUCCUAGGAUCACCCAUUUUUCCUGAAGCCAUUCCCGAAGCCUUCCAAAUAAGAGAACAACUCCUUCAUUUCGCCAAAGAAAGGCUUAAAAACCUAUCAGCUCAUGUGUCCCUUACUCUGUUACGGUCCUGCUUCGCCGUCCCCAGACUAACAUAUUUUCUCCGCACCGUACCAACCUGGCUAUACCCCGAACAUAUCGACUCCUUCGACCGUACACUAAAAGAAUCGGCUGAGUGUCUGCUUAACGUAUCCCUUAACACGGACCAAUGGGAUUUGGCAUCGUUGCCUAUUCGUAAUGGUGGCCUAGGACUACGCCGCGCUCGUGACGUGAGUCUUCCAGCCUUCUUGGCGUCGGCGGCAGGGGUUGUAGAACUUGUCUCUAAAAUUUUAUGUUUAGAUGGAGACAGGACUACCAUACCCUAUGCCUCUGACGCUCAGUCGGCCUGGAGGGCUCUCAACUUGGGUGCGUCCGUACCCGAAAUACCAUUUCUCCAACGUUGUUGGGACGUCGUGGGCGUCAAGCGGAUCUUCGAUUCCCUGAUGACAAACGCUGUUGGUGCAGAUAGGGCCAGACUAAACGCAGCUUCGAAGCCUGAAAGUGGUGCUUGGUUACACGCCCUCCCAUCUCCAAAUCUUGGCACUCUGCUCGACAACGACUCACUGCGGGUGGCCGUUGCUCUUCGUCUGGGCUGCGAUGUAUGUCAACCUCAUUUGUGCAUCUGCGGCUCUAUGGUGGAGAGUAAUGGUCAUCACGCACUGAGCUGUUGCCGCUGCGCCGGUAGGUUCCCACGACACCAUGCCUUGAACGACAUCAUCCGCAGGGCAUUAGUGUCGGCAAACAUCCCCUCCACGCUAGAACCGCCAGGCCUCAGCCGGUCGGAUGGCAAAAGGCCUGAUGGCCUGACACUAGUGCCAUGGGAAAAAGGACAGUCUCCUGUAGGCGUGGCCUGGCCACAGGAGCCGUUUGGACAGAGCGGUGGGCAAGAGUUGUAUUUUUCGAAGGGCUUGUUGCACUUGAAUGGGGCUGUGUGA